AUGGCUGUAGCCAGCCUCUCAUUCCCCCUGUGGAAUGCACCACGCAAGGAUGUCCCUUCUCUCCAUGUUUUGCUGUUCGGCCCCUCGCCCACAGGUCCCCACCGGUAUGGAUCCGCUCUCAGCUUUUGCUGUGAUUGCUGGUAUCUGCGCUCGCAUGCCUUGAUCCGACCCUUUGCAGGAGAACUGGGGUGCAUUGCAGGCGAUGGAUGUCUCAGUCUCCUGGCUUUGCAGAUUACCCUGGUAUCUGCAAUGCCAACUCAGACGAUUAGGUUGCAGCAUGUGCAUUUGCAGUUGCAGUUGUACACUGAGUACGCCUUCUGCGGUGCAACAAUUGAAUCAACAUCACCGAUCACUGAGAACGCCUUCGGCAUCAGCCACGGCUGA